AUGACAGCAGCCAGAGUUGAUUCGCUUAUCGCGUGCUCCACAGCCCUCGGCAUGGGUGCCAAGACGGGGCCAGCCAGGCUCGUCCUGCUCGUCCUCGCCUUUGCCGCUGUCUCCGCGGCUACCACUACCGAUCCCACCGAUCGCGAGAAAAACUUUUUACAAAAGGAACUCAAGGCUUCGAGAACUCGAAGGGACUUGGACGAAAAUAUUACGACUCUUCUGUUGGUACCCGCUCGUUCCGGUAAAUCUGCUCCCCCGGUUGGAAUUUUAUCAAAAACUGCACGAACUUUCGUUCAAGAUGGCGCAAGUACAGAAUAUGCCACGCAAGUGGUGGGUACAACUUUGAACAACGGUCGUUAUUAUGCUAAAAUUUUGUCCACGUCGAGCAGAGUUUUUUACGACAAGGACAUAUCGCCAGAUGAGUCAGCACCUUUUGUUGUUUAUCCAUCAGCGCCGUACGAAGGAAACAGAAAUCCAAAACCUAUCCAAAAUGAUCCGUUUCUCAAAAAUUCGGCAGAUGGAAUCGGGAAAAAGGACGAAAGUGUCAAACAAUCUGUAGGCUUGAAGGAAGAUUUGAAUGAUCUAAAAAACAACGAUAUUUUCGGCAAAGUUGAAAAUGAGAUACAUUUUAAGCCAGCCAAGGUCAGAAACGAAGAUCUCCCGACGUAUACGGUCAAGCAAGAUUACGUAACAAAAGACGUCGAUAUUAUUGCUCUCGAUGACGAACAGCACAAGGCAUAUCGUCCACGAGUGCCAAAGAUUUUUAAACCCCAGCCCAAAGUUUCGUCAAAAAAACAGGACCUUAAACCAUUAUCUACGGUCACGUAUCGUGGAUUCGCUGAUUUCACUACAACAGUGAGCGAUACAGUAAUUGUUUUUUCUCCAAGUACAGCUCCAGCACCAGUUGGACGCCCGGCAACCACGAUUAAAGGUGAUGCAACGCUUCGCCCAGACGACGGGGUUGCUAUUUUGAAAAUUAAGCCAACUAGUGUUCAUUCUGGAGACAAACCGACCGCGACAACUCAAGCUCGUAGUCAGUAUCUCGAUAAAGAGCAGGUUAAGGAUACUGAAAAAUUAAGUAGCAUUUUCGAUCUUCAGCCGAGUACGAUUGGGGAACCAGAAGCUCCUCAUUCUGAUAAAUCGACUAGCCCUCUGCUUCUAACUUCAGACGAGAAAACUGGAUUGAUCAAAGUUAUUGAUUCUACAACUUCGUCGAAAGGAACGACAACACAUUACAUGAGCUCCAUUUACGGUACUUACGUUGGCACUAACUAUGCCCAGAUUACAAUCACGUCGUCAAACGUCUACUUUUAUCCGGAUGAUAGUACAUCUUUAUAUGAAAAUGUACCACCAAAUAACGAGGAAGUUCAGGAUUCUGUGGUAAAAAAUAAUUUGAGACAUCCAAGUAAAAGCAGCACCACAGAAGAACCAACGGAAAAUGAACUCGGAAAUGAUGUGAUUCCUUUGAAUCGAGGUCGUAGCAUCAAAGGUUUAUCUCCGAAAAACCAGUUUUCUGUUAUAAAAGAACAAAAAGUUCUCCACUCAGAUGACAAAUUAUCAUUAGCUACGAGACUUUUACCAUCGACUAUAUACAAAACUUUUACCUAUUUUACAACAUUUUUUAUUCCUAACAAAUCUGAAACUAGUACGUCCGUGAAAUCAAGGGAAGUUGUUUCUUCUGAAAUAACAUACUUAACAGAAUUAAUUUUACCAACAAGUACACAAACAACACCCCUUGCUACAACAAAUACUCCCGAUCUAAGUGAUAAGACUGAAAUUUCGUCCAAUACAAAAAUGAUCGAAAAUACAAAUAAUCAGAAUCAUCAAGAAGUUGAAGAGAUACAGCUGAUAUUCAAAACUAUAUUUACAACUUUUACCUAUUUGACUACGUUUUAUGAUGAAUCAACAACUAGCGUUUCUAGCCGAAAAGUAACAGCCACUAACGUGAUUACGCAAACGAUCGACCCCUUUAGCACUUUAGUCGAUACAGAUGGAUACAUUGAAAAAGAUACAUCAACUACAAUAGUACCAACAAAAGUAUCAGAUACUUCAUUCAUAACUUCCAGCACUGCUGUCUCUGAUGCUCAGGAUGAUUAUUAUACUACAGUUACAGAAGAUACAACUGAAAAUAUACCAACUGAUAUUCCGGAUCAGUUGACAACGAUAGAUGAACAAUCGACUACAGAGCCACCAGAGCCUGAAGAAAUUACCGAUGAUUCGUUAUUAGUUGUACUUGAGCCAAGCUCGAUGAUAAAUGAACCAGUAAAGUCACAAAGUGAACAAUUAAAAACUUAUUAUACAACUUAUACCUAUUUCACAACAAUAAUUGUCGACGAUGAAACGGAAAUUGAAACAAGAACUGAAGUGUUUAGUAAUUUUGUGACUGAUAACAUUCAGCCUACAAGUGCAUCGUCUAUCACUCCAACGACCAGUUCAACGGUUUCUCAGUCACAACCACCUCCUGAAAUUUUAGCGUAUUUAAAUGCGCUUAAAAAUCAAAAAUCUUCCGAGGAAGCUCGUUUGCUCGCCAAACAAGUUCAAGAACAAACAAAAAGUACAACAGAAAUCGCGAAUGAAAUUACAACUGAAGAUUUGCCAUUAUCUUAUACUGAUGAGCCAACGACGAUGUUAGAUGAUCUAAGUAGUACCGAAAAAAUUCUCAAUGAUGGAGAAGUUUUGGGAUCAAUGAAAACAGAUGUCAUCUUUUCUUCGAGCUCAGGUGGAAGUACUGUGAUUGAUGUAGCAGAGAAAAGAAACGGCGUACCAGAAGAUCAAGAAUUGUCAGAGACAAAUCAUCAUGAUGUAGAACCGGCGCCAACUCUACUGUUGCAAACUUCUUAUACUACUUACACAUAUUUUACAACCAUGUAUAAUGGAGACGCAACUGAUGUUGUUAGUCGCUUAGAUACAGUUACAAAUAUAGUGACUGAAACUAUUAAGCCAACAGCUGUGUUGCAGCCAGAAUCGAAAACUCUUCAACCGUUGACGUAUUUUACUACUUUUACGUAUUGGACUACUUUUAUUAAAGGAGAUGAAACUGCGACAACAAGUAGAGAAGAAACUGUGAGUAAUGUUGUGACUCCUGGUGUGUCAGAAAGUUCAGCAGUGCAAUUAGAUGUUGUGAAAACUUACAGACCUUUCGUGGUGGCGACUCCAGUUCACAAUAGUAUUACAGAAAUAAAGCAGUCAAAAGCCACAUCUGAUAAUGAAGUAACAACAUCGCAAAAUGUUUUAUUGAAAGAAAUUCCAACCAUCAAGGUUAACGAAUUACGUUCGACACUAUCACCGGAACCUGUCACUCUUUAUACAACGUACACUUAUUUUACAACUUCUUAUGUUGGAAAUUCAACAAUAUUAAACAGUAGAUUAGAGACAAUAACUAGUGUAUCUUAUCCAGACGAUUUUAUAGUCAAGGCUACACCUAGAGCCAUCGGGAAACAACCGCCUUCGACUCAAGUAUUGAAUACCGAGGAAAAAGUAAUUGAACCAAGUAAAGUUGACGAAUCUCCUAAAACUGGAUUGUUAUCAACUAUUCGCUUAAGUCAGGUAAACGAUGGGACCACAACUCAUUUUAUGACUGAUAUUUAUGGUACAUACAUAGAUGGUCUUUAUGCUCAAGUUGUUGAAACUUCGACGCAAGUUGAACAACCAACCCCUAUAUACGCACCAUCAGCCACUCCAGUACUGCCAACUGGUAUUUUGUCUCUGAACAAAGGCAGCAUAAUAGAUGCCGACGAGAUUACAACAGUGUAUUAUACUACCAAACAAAUUGGUUCUUCGAUAAAUGAUCUUUAUGUCAAGGUUAUAGAAAGUACCUCUUCAACAGAAAUCGAUAAUGAUAAAUUGAUAACCUAUACACCAGUUAUAGGACACAAAACUGGCCUCGUGAGAUUGAUUAAGGGUCUAAUUGAAACUAAUGAUACAACGACUUACUAUGAAUCAAAGGUCAUUGGUACGAGUAUAAAUGGAAGAUAUGCUCAAAUAAUAGAAAGUACAUCUAGUUAUCUUAUUUCCAAACCAACAUUAGUUAUGAAUGUAAACCCGACAUCUACGUUACCACCAAAUGCAGCGACAGAUAUUACAAAUAUUUCCCCUUCUCCUGCAGUUAUACAAUCAUCAAUAUCCGAAGAUACCUUGAGCAAUGAUUCAGAACAAGAGGAUCAUGAAGAGGAUGAUGAAAGUGAUGAACAAAAAUUGAAAAAAAAAUCAAGGCUGACAUUUUCUUCCAGAAAAAGAACUUCAAGCACUCCCCCAAUAAGACCAUUUGCAUCAAGAAGCAGGCCAACAUUCAAUCCGAAAAGAAAACCUCAAGGUGCGACAACUAUUACGAGAAGUGACAUUACUCCAACGGUAACAGCUACAUUGGCAGGAAAAGGAAGUCGAUUUUCAUCUUCCAGAGGCAGGAGUAUACCUACUUUGGGUUCCGCAGCUCUUAAUCCUUCAAGUUCUAGGCGCUUUUCUGGUAGAAAAAGUUCUCUAUCGUCUACGCCUUUAUCACCAUCAAGUCAAGUGUCUGGUACUGCACGGAGUAGAGGAUCGAUCAGAGGAACUUCAUCAUCUACUUAUGCAGGAAGUCGUCGUGGAUCUACAUCUGUAAGAGGAUCUUCGAUACGACCAACAAGUCGAGGUAGUUCUACAAUUCCAACAUUGCAGUCGACUAGAUAUAGACCAGGAAUACGUCCUUCUUCCAUCCUUUCGAAAGUUACAUCGACUAUUCGACAAGAUGACCAAGAAGAUAACGCAAAUGAAUAUACCACUGCCACUUUGAUCACCGAAGAAACUCCAGUCAUCCAAGAGGAAUCAGAAGAUGAAACUGCACCUCCUUCAACAACAACAGAGUCAUCAAGAAAAUCGAACAAUCCACUUUUGAGGUUCAGAAGGCCACAUGCCUUUGGCAGUGGAGUAAAAUCAUCGACUCCAAAAGUGACUACUACAACGGCACCCAAACGAACAAAUAACGUAUCAAGAUCGGCUGUGAAUAAUCGUACUACAAACGUCAGAGCAAGACCUACGGUGGCUACUCAUACGACAAAAUCACGACAAAGCCAAUCCAAUCUUUUUCCACCAAGAACCUUAUUUGGCAGAAAGCCGGACGUAACGGAGCCACCCGUAGAAACUAAAAACGAAAGUGUCGAAGAUGAAAAUUUUGAGGACGAGCCAGUUAAAGAAAUAACAGAUAAUGACUAUGAAGGAUCUGAGCAGCAAGAAAAUGCUCCAUUGACCAAUCAGAAGACUAUUCCGAAUGAAAUGAAAAAUUCAACGCAAAUUAAGCCAUUCACUAGAGUUGGGAGAGGCAGAAGAGUACGUCGACAAACUAACCAAACACGACCUUUAAAUUCUCGCUUUCGAAGACCGAUUUCUCAAACUUCAAAUGUAGAAGACGAUGUGGAUAGUGACUCAAUUUCAAGUAAAGAAGAUAUUUCCAAAGUAUCAAAUAACGAUGCUAGAUAUAAUACUCGCGCCAGAAUUUUGACUGCGACAUCUCGUCCGAAUCAUAGUGCUAAUAAAGAAGACAAGUCAUCCGAAGAGUAUUUUGAUAACUCGCAAAUAAGAACAAGAUCAAAAGCAACUAGUCCUGUUAGAGGUUCUCGAGUAAAGCCAUCGCAUGUUAAUAAUUCCAAUAGACAAUUUACACUUCGGGAGAAAGAAGGUGCAACGGCAAAGCCAAGUUACAAAAGAAAUAGUACACCCACGAGAGGAACUAGCAUUAGGACGAGAAAUACUUCAAGAUCGAGAACUGGGACAAAUAGAUAUCAAGACUCAACCAACUCUCGGCGGACUUCCUCGCGAACUGGCUCUAGAGGAGGAGCUAGAAAUAGUAAUCGUAGAAUAACACCAUCCAGAGGAAGAUUGAGCUCUCACGAGGAUUAUCGUGAUGACAGUGAUUUUGAUGGUACGAUAACUGUUACUCAUUACAUACCCACUGAAGUCACAAUUCCGGUCGUUAACAAUGGUAUUACAGAAAAACGAAAUAUUAUCACAGCUCAAGCAAGCACGGAGGUUAUAGGUCCCGAUCGUUACAGUACCAUUAUGAAUUCGGAUGGUCGGGAUGUAGUUGUUCUGGCAAGUGAAAAAUCAGGCACCAAUUUCCAUGGCCAGCUAGAAGUUACUCGUUUUUUCAUUCAUGAAACUCCAACGACAAAAGUUUCGCAUGUGUUAACAUCUUCGGGUGGUCGUCGAUUUUCCCAGCCUAUUGUAGUUCCUUCCACAGUCUAUUCAAUCGAGAACGUCGUUUCUACCUCAAUGGCUCGUUUAUCGGACAGUGCACCAUUGGCGAACAUAAUACUCUCUCAAUUGUUGCGGGGCCAGUUUGGACAGCCAAACCCAUUAGUCUCAGGCUCUACUGCCACACCAUCAACGCGGUAUGAUACUCGCGCAACAACGUACGUCACUACAAUCACUAAGCAUCAAAGUACAAUUAUUCCCUUGACUUUCCGUGGUAAAGAAAUUUUAACAACUCUUGUCGAUACUACAACCGAUGUAGUUACUGCUACCGAAUUCAUCACCGAUACAAUUGUUUCAACGCCCACUCUUGCUUUACCAGCAGCAAACCUCAAUUCACUUUUACUUCUUCUCCAACAACCACAAGCUCCGCAACAACCAAAUCCUUUGUCGGAUCCAUUACUUGCAGCAGCUCCAUUUUUUUCACAAAGUAACACUUUACCUGGAGAGGUUGAAAGAAGAAACCAACCCGUAGAUUCCGAUUACAAGCCAGACAGUUAUGAAGAUUUAUCGGAUGAAGAAGUCGAAAAAUCAUCAAAAGGAAAAGGAUCAUCAGAGUCCUCAGAAUCGAGUGUCAUAACUUUAUACGUCUCAGGGCGCAGACCUGGUGAAUUCAGUACAAUUCUCAGCACCGUUACACUUGAAGAGGAAGCUACGAGUACUAGAGUCAAAAGACAUGCAGACGAAGUAACAGUGACUGCGUCCCUCUCUCCAUCUUUCUAUCAGCAAGCAGCUUCCGAGCCAGUGUUGGUUGUGUUGGACGGGAGUGAAGAGCCAAUCGGCGCGCACGCACCUACUCAGAGUCUCGAGAGCGUAGUGGGCGAUGUCGGACGGCACAUUUCCACAUCCGUUUUUCUUCAUUAA